AUGGAGGAAGCUCUUACACAGUUUAUCCAGGUUUCCACAACCAAUCAGAAAAAUACUGAAGCUUCUAUCAGAAAUCUGGAAGUACAAAUAGGGCAGUUUGCUAAGCAAUUGGCAGAGCAACAAAGCAAUAAUUUUUCAGCCAAUACACAGGUCAAUCCUAAAGAAUAUUGUCAAUCAAUUACAACCAGGAGAGGCCCUGUGAUAGGAAAUGAGAUAGGUGAUAAUUUGAGAGAAAAUAAAGAUGGAGUGGAUAAAGAUAAGAGUGAAUUUGAGCCUGAAAACAAGGAACGCCAGUUUGCAAGGUUCCUUGAUAUAAUCAAGAGGUUACAAAUCAACAUACCCUUUGCAGAGGCCUUGGAACAGAUGCCAUCUUAUGCAAGAUUUAUGAAGGAGCUUCUGACAAAGAAGAGAAAAUUGAGUGAGGAUGGAACAGUGGAGUUAGAGGCAGGUUGCAGUGCUAUAAUUCAGAAGUCACUUGCACAAAAAUCUAGAGACCCAGGGAGUUUCACUUUGCCAGUCACCAUUGGUAAUCUUUCCGUGGGCAAGGCAUUAUUGGAUUUAGGGUCUAGUAUUAACCUUAUGCCCUUAUCUAUGUUACAGAGGAUAGGAGAUGUGGAGGUGAGACCUACCAGGAUGACUCUGCAGCUAGCUAACAAAUCUAUUAAGUAUCCUCAUGGUAUUGUUGAAGAUCUCUUGGUUAAGACAGCUAAGGUCAUUAUAGUUGUUGAUGAUGGCAAACUCAAGGUCAGGGUGCAUGGUGAUGAGGUGAAUUUUAAUAUUUUUGAAGCUAUGAAACACCUAAAUGACAAGAAAGAUUGCUUUAGAGUGGAUAUGAUGGAUGAAAUGUGUUUGGAAGCUGAAAGAAAAUCUUCUUUAGCCACGUCAGUAGAGAAGGCAUUAAAUUUUGAUAUGAAAGCUGCUAGUGAAAAGAGGAAACCUCAAUUACAUGAACUUGAAGAAAUGCGUUUGCAGACCUAUGAAUCCUAA